AAGACUUCGUUCAGUGUUUGGUCGAGCAGUUUCACGCAGCCAUAGGUGUUGAUGUUUUGUUGGAGACAGAGAAGACGUCCCAAGAGUUGAUCGAGGAAUUCAAUGGAUGUGUGAACAAGAAGCGUUACCUGAUUGUGCUUAAUGACCUAUCCACCAUUGAGGAGUGGGAUCGGAUUAAAAAGUGCUUCCCAAACAACAAUAUGGGGAGCAGGAUCAUAGUGUCUACAGCUCAAGUUGAAGUUGGAAGCUUAUGUGCAGGGCAAGGAAGCAUGGCAUCACAGCUCAGGCAACUGUCUGCUGAUCAAAAUAUUUAUGCUUUCCAUGAGAAGGUUUCUCAAGAUGAAACAGAUUUAAUUAAGACAGAAUCAAGCUCAAACCGUGCCAUUACCAGUACAGAUAACAACUCUACUACGAGUGAAAUAUCGGAGGACCAGUCAAAGGGUGCAGAUGAAAAAACUAUAGUAAAAAAGAGCUUCACCCGCCUCAGGACGACGGUGACUGCUUUGGAGGAAUCUCACCUUGUUGGGCGAGAGAAAGAAAAGGAUGAGAUUGUCAAAUUAAUUUCAGAUCAACCUACCCAAGAAUUCCAGGUGAUCACUGUGUGGGGAAUGGGUGGUCUUGGAAAAACCACUCUAGUCAAAGAUAUCUACCAAAACCAAGAGCUGAGUAGCAUGUUUGAGAAGCGUGCUUGCAUCACAGUUAUGCAUCCUUUCAAUCUUGAAGGUCUUCUUAGAAGCUUAAUUAUGCAACUAGAUAGAGAAUCUUCUGAAAAGAAGGAUGUGGCGG